AUGAACAACGAAUCUGUUUCUGAAAACAGCGAACAAGACAAUACAAGUCUUCAGAUAUCAUCUGAGAACAGCGAUGACCAACACAGCGAGAUCACAACAGCUACUACAUCGGAAGAGAAGACAACUGAACUGAAGAAACCAGACAAGAUUCUUCCAUGUCCAAGAUGCAACAGCGCUGACACCAAAUUCUGUUACUACAACAACUACAACGUUAACCAGCCACGUCACUUCUGCAGAAACUGCCAACGCUAUUGGACUUUCGGUGGAUCUAUGAGGACCGUACCGGUUGGUUCAGGCCGCCGUAAGAACAAGGGAUGGGUUGCUUCAGACAAUUACCUCCACAUCACUUCCGAGAAUGCAUAUAACAAUUACAGUAACUCAUCAACAAAGAUUCUCAGCUUUGAGUCUUCGGAAUCUGUGGUUGUUGAGAAGAAUGGUAAGCAUCAAACAAGCGAUGUGAAGAUAAACGCUGAUUCUGUUACACAAGAAUUCAAUAGCUUCCAAGGAUUUCUUCCUCCGCAAGUAACAUCCCCUGUUUUGCCUCCUUGGCCUCAUCAAUACCCUCCUAACCCUAGUUUCUACCACAUCCCCGUCUACUGGGGCUGCACAGUACCGGUUUGGUCUACCCUAGAGACUUCCACAUGUCUAGGGAAAAGGACAAGAGACGAAGCAAGCGUAGCUACGAUGAACCACGUGUGGUAUCCAAUGCCGAUGAAACGUGAGAAGACAGAGAAAUCCAGCUUUUUCGUCAAUGGAUCUGAAACAAAGAGCAACAACAAGAUAUUUGUUCCUGAAGUGUAUCCCAGUCUGCAAGCAAACCCUGCAGCCAUGGCAAGAUCUAUGAACUUCAGGGAGAGUAUGUAA